CCGCCAUUGCGGGUUGUUUGUGCGGGCGCAGCGAGCGCGGGCGGGAGGCGGCGCCGCGGCUCCGCCAUGUCCACCCCGGCGCGCCGCCGCCUGAUGCGCGACUUCAAGAGAUUGCAAGAAGACCCUCCUGUGGGUGUCAGUGGUGCACCAUCUGAGAAUAACAUAAUGCAAUGGAAUGCAGUUAUAUUUGGGCCAGAAGGGACACCUUUUGAAGAUGGUACUUUUAAACUAGUAAUAGAAUUUUCUGAAGAAUAUCCAAAUAAGCCUCCAACUGUUAGGUUUUUAUCAAAAAUGUUCCAUCCAAAUGUGUAUGCAGAUGGCAGCAUAUGUUUAGAUAUUCUUCAGAAUCGCUGGAGUCCAACAUAUGAUGUUUCAUCUAUUUUAACUUCAAUUCAGUCUCUGCUUGAUGAACCCAAUCCAAACAGUCCAGCAAACAGUCAGGCAGCACAACUUUACCAGGAGAACAAACGUGAAUAUGAGAAAAGAGUUUCAGCUAUUGUCGAACAAAGUUGGAAUGAUUCGUAACAGCUGCUGUGUUACUCUCCAUCCUCAUAAUCAUUAUGUACAAUUUAACUCUCAAUAGAAAGGCUACCAGAAAUUUCAAGUGCCACAGUUCUAUGAAUUUGCAUAAAAACUCAUUUGCAAACAAAAUUAAGCCCUCCAGUUUAGGGAAAGCUAAAAGCUUGUGUAUCUCAAUUAACGUCCUUUUUAUUGCAUGGUAAGAACUAAGUUAUUGCUACAUAAAUUUGUAAUAUAUCCUAUUUGUAUUUUUUUUCCAAGUGUAUAAUGUUGGUGUGGAGUUUUCAUGACAGAAUAUACACAUUUUGUAAAUCUGUACUUUUUCAAAUAUUGAAUGCCUUAUUUUUGAAUUCUUUAGAUUUUUAAAUUGGAGAAAAGCACUUAAAAACGUUUUUAUAUAUGAAUAUUUCAUGUAAAACUGUUAAAUACAUAACCUUAGUGCAAGACAUUCUGCUCUCACUCUACUUUUUCCAAGGGCUCAUUUUUUUGUCCAUGCUGUUGAUACCCUGCACUUUACAAACAGAAAAGUUAAUCCACGAUGCAGCUGUCUUCAUUCACGAGGCAUGUCUUUGCUUCUGCACCACAGCUUGACUUGAUUCUGUGUGUCCUCAGUUGUGUGAGGAAGAGACAUUUUGGUAGCUGCCAAUUACAAAUGGGGAAACAGAUGUAACUAUUUUGCUAAAAGUCCCACCUUAAACCAGCAGCAGAGUUGCAGACAUAACCUGGAUGAGCAGGUUUGGUGAUAACGUAUUCUAAUAAGUUUUAUUUUUCUGAAAUAUUGUAUUUUACAAACCUGGAAAAUGUUGUCAUCUAAAUCUGUCCUAUAUUCACAUAGUAAUACCGUAAUGUAGUUUUGAAUAUCUUCUAAUAAUUAUAGAGGUUUCCCAUUAGUUUCCCUUGCGGGCAGGGUAAAAAUUAAUCACCAACAAAAGAAAACAUGCCUGCAGAUUUAAUGGAGUUACUCUUUAAAGCUGGACUGUGUACCGUGUGGUCAGGUCUCAUGUCUGUAUCACAGAGGCUCCAUAUAUUCUUAAAUUGACAGUUUAAAGAACUUUGUCUUUGUUUUUGUAAGUGUUGAUGUGGUGGUAAUUUCUUACUGUAUUCUGUAAACCAGGCUAGCUGACUACAGUAAAGAAUUAAGCCAUUUUUUUUCUCUCAGCAUUAAAAUUGUAACAGCUUUUCAUAAUUCCAGCCAGCAUUAUGUAUAUAUUAAACUCCCCAAAUCCCAUACCAACAUACAGCUCAGUGGUGCCUAAAAAGCAAUGGAAAUUGAUUUCACCUGGAAAAGAAAGUGUUGUUUAUUUGCAGCAGUCAUUACUAGAAGUUCUUCUCAAUGCACUGAGACAAAAAUAUCAAUUUACACCUCACACCUGCUUGUAAAGGUCUGUGGUUUCUAGGAGCAGCACUCAGGUUUAGAAAUGGCACUCAGAAUACUGUCAAGCCAGACUCCUUGUGUAGCUUGUGGAGUAAAACUGCUGUGCCUUGGAUAAGCAUUAGUGUACAAAGGCUCAGAAAAUAUCAAUGCUAUGUAAUAACUUUGCUCUCAUUGAGUCAGUUUACUUUCCUUGAAUUGCUGAAUUUGUGUUUAAGAAUUUUUCAAUCUAUGUCUGAUUAAUAACAGAAACUCCAAAGGAUCCAAUUUGCUUUUGGUUGUGGUGAAGUUACAGUAACACUGGCAAAGUGCUGCUACGUGGCUUAAAACAUCAAUGCAAAGAUUUUUGUGUUCAUAAAUAUAACAUAGAAAAGCUUCCUCGUUCUAAGAA